AUGACAGAACCCAAUGUGGCCACCACGGUUACAGGAAAACCAACAACCAAUGUAUCAGAACAAGACACAAGCAGUAUAUCAUCCCUACCUCCAGAACAAGGAGCAGGUCUAAUUCCAAAAGCUAUUGCAAACGAAACCACAAGCUCCACGUCUGUAAGUUCUCCAGGAACUAACAUAGAAAGUACUGAUUCUUCCUUUGAAGCCACAAUUUCUAGAGUUGUGCAAGGAAUGACAAAUUCUGCAUCAACUACUAAGCUUGUUGUCAAACCAGAUUAUUCAUCAAUUACUACAUCCGAAGAGACAACAGGAUUCAUUAGUUCAACUGAAACAUCUACAGAGGAAACCUUUCUCAGAAAUAUAACAUCAGAACAGGUUACACAUACAGAAUUAUCAACAGCUGAUGUAAGAACAAUAUCUACUGUAAAUACUACUACAAAAGAGAGGACAACGUAUAACGUAACCACUACUUCUGAUAUUCUCACUGAUGCUACACUUUCCUCAACAGCCCGGAAUAUCCCAAAUCAAACAACAUCUUUGCUGCAGAAAACCACAACUAUUUCAGCAAACGAUAUGCAACAGGUCAACUCAGCUUCUGAAGUAACAUUUACAACAAAAGAAAAUAACACAUUUACAAAUACAGCUAAACCACAGACCAAAAAUACCCUUGCGACAGCCAAUUCAUCAGAAAAAACUUCAAGCAAUAUACCAACAAUUUCAGAUGAUGAAAGUUAUCACGAAAAAAGGACUCCAAUAAAAGCAACUUUAGCAAGUGUUACACCGGAAGUUCUCACAAAUAGUGCAAUUAUCUCGGCAUCCCAUGAUACCACAACUGCUGAAGUACCAGCUACAAUUCAAGAAAUCGGAAAUUCUAUAGUGACAACACUGGCAGAUUUAACAUUUGACUCUACAGAAAUAAAUACAUCAAUAAAAAAAACAGUAACUACAUCUGAAACACAGACAAAUGAAGGUUUCACAACAACCAUUACAUCUGAACCAAAUACAAAUCAGAGAGGAUCACCUUUAUCAGCAGCCAUUACAAAUUUUAUUAAAGCCACUACUAGUAAGGAGAAAACAAGCUCAAACUUAGCUACAGAUCCAGAGGUUUUCACUGACAUAUCUACUUCCACAUCACAUGACACCACAAGGGCUUUAAAAGCUACGAUCUCAACAUCAACCACUCUACAAAAUAUAAACACGAGUGAUGUUGCAGAAAGUAUUCUAUCAGAGAAGGUCAAAGAACAUUUUACAACCUCCAUUGCAUCAGAACAUACUUUAACCCAUGUAACAUCCGAUUUAGAAAGGGGUGUAACAAGUUCUUCUAUUACAAACACUCCAUUACAGACAAACACUUUCAACAAUACUAGUACAUUAAACGUUCUCACAAAAUUUGAAAGUACCUCUAUACCCCCCGAUACCACAGCUGCUGAGGUAACAUCUACAAUUGAAGAAAUGAAAAAUUCUACAGUCACCACAUUGGCUGGUAUAACAUCAGGUUCAACAGAAUCUCAAACACCAGGGGAGUCCACAACAUCAAUUGCUACAGCUGAGGUGCACACAAAGGAAGUUUUCUCAACAAUCAUUAGAUCAGAGCAGGUUUCUACAAAUAGUGAGACAAGUUCAGAAACUACAAUCACAAAUAUUGCUACUAUGACUACUCCAAAGGUGACUGCAAGCGCCACAGGCACACUUUUGUUUACAUCUAAUGAUGCCACAAGUGUUUCAGAAACCUCUGUCCCUAAAAGAACAACAUCCUCCACUUCAACCUCUGGGCCUAACGUCAUCUCUACUGUAGCAGAAGAAACUACAUCAUCAGAAAAGUUGGCGGAAAGUUUAACAAUCUAUUUUGCAUCCGAACAUGCUUCAACUACUGAAAUAUCAGAUUCAGAAGGCAGUGUAACAAGUCCAUCAUUUACAAACAGUCCAUUACAGACAACAACUUUAACCACUACUAGUAUACCAGAGAUUCUCACAAAAGUUGAUAUUACCUCUAUAGCCCCUGAUGCUACAACUGCUGAAGUAACAUCUACCAUUCAAGAAAUGAAUAAAUCUACAGCCACCACAUUGGCUAGUAUAACAUCAGGUUCUACAGGAUCUCAAACAUUAGUGGAGUCCACAACAUCAACUGCUACAGCUGAGAUGCGCCUAACAGAAGGAUUCUUAACAACCAUUACAUCAAAAAAGAUUUCUACAAGUAGUGAGCCAAGUUCAGCAACAGUAAUCACAAAUAUUGUUACUAUGACUACUCCAGAGGUGUCUGAAAGCUCCACAGAUGAAUUUUCUUUUACAUCUCAUGAUUCCACAAGUGGUUCAGAAACCUCUCUUCCGAAGAGAACAACAACCUCUACUUUAACCUCUGGGCCUAAUCUUAACUCUAUUGCUGCAGUGGAAUCUACGUUACCAGAAAAUUUGCAGGAAAACUUUACAACUUCCUUAACAUCAGAACAUGUAACUACAGGUAGAGAGUCAAGUUCAGAAACAGCAAUCACAAAUAUUGCUAGUAUGACUACUCCAAUAGUGACUCCAAGCUCCACAGACAUAUCUUCUUUCCCAUCCCAUGAAGCCGCAAGUGUUUCAGAAACCUCUGUUCCUAAUAAAACAACAACCUCUACUUCAACCCCUGAUCCUAAUGUAAUUUCUACUGCAUCAGAAGAAACUACUUCAUCACAAAAGUUGGUGGAAAGUUUUACAACCUCUUUUGCAUCCGAACAUUCUUCAAGCACUGUAACAUCAGAUUCAGAAGGCGGUGUAACAAGCUCAUCAAUUACAGACACUCCAUUACAGACAACCACUUUAAUCCCUACUAGCACACCAAAGGUUCUUACAAAAGUUGGAAUUAUCUCCAUACCCCCUGAUACUACAACUCCUGAGAUAACAUCUACAAUUCAAGAAAUCAAAAAUUCUACAUCCACCACAUUGGCUGGUAUAAAAUCAGGUUCUACAGAUUCUCAAACACCAGUGGAGUCCACAGCAUCAAUUGCUGCAGCUGAGAUACGCACAAUGGAAGGUUUCUCAACAACCACUACAUCAGAAAAGAUAUCUACAGGUAUUGAGCCAAGUUCAGAAACAGCAAUCACAAAUAUUGUUAAUAUGAAUACUCCAAAGGUGCCUGCAAGCUCUACAGAUGAAUAUUCUUUUACAACUCAUGAUGCCACAGGUGCUUUAGAACCCUCUCUUUCGAAAAGAACAACAACCUCUACUAUAACCCCUAGGCCUAAUGUUAUCUCUACUGCUGCAGAGGAAACUACGUCACCAGACAAUUCGCAGGAAAACUUUAAAACCUCCAUACCAUCAGAACAUACUUCAACCCAUGUAACAUCAGACUCAGAAGUUGGUGUAACAGGUUCUUCUAUUACAAACACUCCAUUGCAAACAAACACUUUAAACAAUACUAGUACAUUAGACGUUCUCACAACAUUUGAAAGAACCUCUAUACCCCCCGAUACCACAGCUGCUGACGUAACAUCUACAAUUGAAGAAAUGAAAAAUUCUACAGCCACCACAUUGGCUGGUAUAACAUCAGGUUCUAUAAAAUCUCAAACAUCAGUGGUGUCCACAACAUCAAUUGCUACAGCUGAGAUGCACACAAUGGAAGGUUUCUCAACAACCAUUACAUCAGAGCAGGUUUCUACAAGUAGUGAGUCUAGUUCAGCAGCAGCAAUCACAAAUCAUGUUACUAUGACUACUCCAGAGGUGUCUUCAAGCUCCACAGAUGAAUUUUCUUUUACAUCUCAUGAUUCCACAAGUUUUUCAGAAACCUCUCCUCCGAAGAGAACAACAACCUCUACUUUAACCUCUUUGACUAAUCUUAACUCUACUGCUGCAGUGGAAACUGCGUUACUAGACAAUUUGCAAGGAAACUUUACAACUUCCUUAAAAUCAGAACAUAUUACUACAGGUAGAGAGUCAAGUUCAGAAACAGAAAUCACAAAUAUUGUUACUAUGACUACUCCAAAGGUGACUCCAAGCUCCACAGACAUAUCUUCUCUCCCAUUCCAUGAAGCUGCAAGUGUUUCAGAAACCUCUGUUCCUAAUAAAACAACAACCUUUACUUCAACCCCUGGUUCUAAUGUCAUUUCUACUGCAUCAGAAGAAACUACUUUAUUACAAAAGUUGGUGGAAAGUUUUUCAACCUCUUUUGCAUCCGAACAUUCUUCAAGCACUGUAACAUCAGAUUCAGAAGGCGGUAUAACAAGCUCGUCAAUUACAAACACUCCAUUACAGACAACCAUUUUAAUCCCUACUAGCACACCACAGGUUCUCACAAAAGUUGACAUUAGCUCCAUUCCCCCUGAUACUACAACUGCUGAGAUAACAUCUACAAUUCAAGAAAUCAAAAAUUCUACAUCCACCACAUUGGCUGGUAUAACAUCAGGUUCUACAGAUUAUCAAACACCAGUGGAGUCCACAGCAUCAAUUGCUACAGCUGAGAUAAGCACAAUGGAAGGUUUCUCAACAACCACUACAUCAGAAAAGAUAUCUACAGUUAUUGAGCCAAGUUCAGAAACUGCAAUCACAAAUAUUGUUACUAUGAAUACUCCAAAGGUGCCUGCAAGCUCUACAUAUGAAUAUUCUUUUACAACUCAUGAUGCCAAAAGUGCUUUAGAACCCUCUCUUUCGAUAGGAACAACAACCUCUACCUUAGCCCCUAGGCAUAAUGUUAUAUCUACUGCUGCAGAGGAAACUACGUUACCAGACAAUUUGCAAGGAAACUUUACAACUUCCUUAAAAUCAGAACAUAUUACUACAGGUAGAGAGUCAAGUUCAGAAACAGCAAUCACAAAUAUUGUUACUAUGACUACUCCAAAGGUGACUCCAAGCUCCACAGACAUAUCUUCUCUCCCAUCCCAUGAAGCUGCAAGUGUUUCAGAAACCUCUGUUCCUAAGAAAACAACAACCUUUACUUCAACCCCUGGUUCUAAUGUCAUUUCUACUGCAUCAGAAGAAACUACUUUAUUACAAAAGUUGGUGGAAAGUUUUACAACCUCUUUUGCAUCCGAACAUUCUUCAAGCACUGUAACAUCAGAUUCAGAAGGCGGUGUAACAAGCUCGUCAAUUACAAACACUCCAUUACAGACAACCAUUUUAAUCCCUACUAGCACACCACAGGUUCUCACAAAAGUUGGAAUUAUCUCCAUACCCCCUGAUACUACAACUCCUGAGAUAACAUCUACAAUUCAAGAAAUGAAAAAUUCUACAUCCACCACAUUGGCUGUUAUAACAUCAGGUUCUACAGAUUAUCAAACACCAGUGGAGUCCACAGCAUCAAUUGCAACAGCUGAGAUAAGCACAAUGGAAGGUUUCUCAACAACCACUACAUCAGAAAAGAUAUCUACAGUUAUUGAGCCAAGUUCAGAAACUGCAAUCACAAAUAUUGUUACUAUGACUACUCCAGAGGUGUCUGCAAGCUCCACAGAUGAAUUUUCUUUUACAUCUCAUGAUUCCACAAGUGGUUCAGAAUCCUCUCUUCCGAAGAGAACAACAACCUCUACUUUAACCUCUGGGCCUAAUCUUAACUCUACUGCUGCAGUGGAAUCUACGUUACCAGACAAUUCGCAGGAAAACUUUACAACUUCCUUAACAUCAGAACAUGUAACUACAGGUAGAGAGUCAAGUUCAGAAACAGCAAUCACAAAUAUUGUUAGUAUGACUACUCCAAUAGUGACUCCAAGCUCCACAGACAUAUCUUCUUUCCCAUCCCAUGAAGCCGCAAGUGUUUCAGAAACCUCUGUUCCUAAUAAAACAACAACCUCUACUUCAACCCCUGAUCCUAAUGUAAUUUCUACUGCAUCAGAAGAAACUACUUCAUCACACAAGUUGGUGGAAAGUUUUACAACCUCUUUUGCAUCCGAUCAUUCUUCAAGCACUGUAACAUCAGAUUCAGAAGGCGGUGUAACAAGCUCAUCAAUUACAGACACUCCAUUACAGACAACCACUUUAAUACCUACUAAAACACCACAGGUUCUCACAAAAGUUGUAAUUAUCUCCAUACCCCCUGAUACUACAACUCCUGAGAUAACAUCUACAAUUCAAGAAAUGAAAAAUUCUACAGCCACCACAUCGGUUGGUAUAACAUCAGGUUCUACAGAUUCUCAAACACCAGUGGAGUCCACAGCAUCAAUUGCUACAGCUGAGAUAAGCACAAUGGAAGGUUUCUCAACAACCACUACAUCAGAAAAGAUUUCUACAGGUAUUGAGCCAAGUUCAGAAACAGCAAUCACAAAUAUUGUUACUAUGAAUACUCCAAAAGUGCCUGCAAGCUCUACAGAUGAAUAUUCUUUUACAACUCAUGAUGCCACAAGUGCUUUAGAACCCUCUCUUUCGAAAGGAACAACAACCUCUACCUUAACCCUUAGGCCUAAUGUUAUCUCUACUGCUGCAGACGAAACUACGUCACCAGACAAUUCGAAGGAAAACUUUACAACUUCCAUAACAUCAGAACAUGUUACUACAGGUAGAGAGUCAAGUUCAGAAACAGCAAUCACAAAUAUUGUUAGUAUGACUACUCCAAAGAUGACUCCAAGCUCCACAGACAUAUCUUCUCUCCCAUCCCAUGAAGCCGCAAGUGUUUCAGAAACCUCUGUUCCUAAUAAAACAACAACCUCUACUUCAACCCCUGGUCCUAAUGUAAUGUCUACUGCAUCAGAAGAAACUGCUUCAUCACAAAAGUUGGUGGAAAGUUUUACAACCUCUUUUGCAUCCAAACAUUCUUCAAGCACUGUAACAUCAGAUUCAGAAGGUGGUGUAACAAGCUCAUCAAUUACAGACACUCCAUUACAGACAACCACUUUAAUCCCUACUAGCACACCACAGGUUCUCACAAAAGUUGACAUUAUCUCCAUACCCCCUGAUACUACAACUGCUGAGAUACCAUCUACAAUUCAAGAAAUCAAAAAUUCUACAUCCACCACAUUGGCUGGUAUAACAUCAGGUUCUACAGAUUCUCAAACACCAGUGGAGUCCACAUCAUCAAUUGCUACAGCUGAGAUAAGCACAAUGGAAGGUUUCUCAACAACCACUACAUCAGAAAAGAUAUCUACAGGUAUUGAGCCAAGUUCAGAAACAGCAAUCACAAAUAUUGUUACUAUGAACACUCCAAAGGUGCCUGCAAGCUCUACAGAUGAAUAUUCUUUUACAACUCAUGAUGCCACAGGUGCUUUAGAACCCUCUCUUUCGAAAAGAACAACAACCUCUACUUUAACCCCUAGGCCUAAUGUUAUCUCUACUCCUGCAGAGGAAACUACAUCACCAGACAAUUCGCAGGAAAACUUUACAACCUCCAUACCAUCAGAACAUACUUCAACCCAUGUAACAUCAGAUUCAGAAGUUGGUGUAACAAGUUCUUCUGUUACAAACACUCCAUUACAGACAAACAAUUUAAACAAUACUAGUACAUUAGAUGUUUUCACAACAUUUGAAACUACCUCUAUACGCCCCGAUACCACAGCUGCUGAGGUAACAUCUACAAUUGAAGAAAUGAAAAAUUCUACAGUCACCACAUUGGCUGGUAUAACAUCAGGUUCUAUAAAAUCUCAAACAUCAGUGGAGUCCACAACAUCAAUUGCUACAGCUGAGAUGCACACAAUGGAAGGUUUCUCAACAACCAUUACAUCAGAGCAGGUUUCUACAAGUAGUGAGUCUAGUUCAGCAACAGCAAUCACAAAUAUUGUUACUAUGACCACUCCAGAUGUGUCUUCAAGCUCCACAGAUGAAUUUUCUUUUACAUCUCAUGAUUCCACAAGUGGUUCAGAAACCUCUCUUCCGAAGAGAACAGCAACCUCUACUUUAACCUCUGGGCCUAUUCUUAACUCUACUGCUGCAGUGGAAUCUACGUUACCAGACAAUUCACAGGAAAACUUUACAACUUCCUUAACAUCAGAACAUGUAACUACAGGUAGAGAGUCAAGUUCAGAAACAGCAAUCACAAAUAUUGUUAGUAUGACUACUCCAAUAGUGACUCCAAGCUCCACAGACAUAUCAUCUUUCCCAUCCCAUGAAGCCGCAAGUGUUUCAGAAACCUCUGUUCCUAAUAAAACAAAAACCUCUACUUCAACCCCUGAUCCUAAUGUAAUUUCUACCGCAUCAGAAGAAACUACUUCAUCACAAAAGUUGGUGGACAGUUUUACAACCUCUUUUGCAUCCGAACAUUCUUCAAGCACUGUAACAUCAGAUUCAGAAGGCGGUGUAACAAGCUCAUCAAUUACAGACACUCCAUUACAGACAACCACUUUAAUCCCUACUAGCACACCACAUUUUCUUACAAAAGUUGUAAUUAUCUCCAUACCCCCUGAUACUACAACUCCUGAGAUAACAUCUACAAUUCAAGAAAUCAAAAAUUCCACAUCCACCACAUUGGCUGGUAUAACAUCAGGUUCUACAGAUUCUCAAACACCAGUGGAGUCCACAUCAUCAAUUGCUACAGCUGAGAUAAGCACAAUGGAAGGUUUCUCAACAACCACUAGAUCAGAAAAGAUAUCUACAGGUAUUGAGCCAAGUUCAGAAACAGCAAUCACAAAUAUUGUUACUAUGAAUACUCCAAAGGUGCCUGCAAGCUCUAAAGAUGAAUAUUCUUUUACAACUCAUGAUGCCACAAGUGCUUUAGAACCCUCUCUUUCGAAAGGAACAACAACCUCUACCUUAACCCCUAGGCCUAAUGUUAUCUCUACUGCUGCAGAGGAAACUACGUCACCAGACAAUUCGCAGGAAUACUUUACAACAUCCAUAACAUCAGAACAUGUUACUACAGGUAGAGAGUCAAGUUCAGAAACAGCAAUCACAAAUAUUGUUAGUAUGACUAGUCCAAUAGUGACUCCAAUCUCCACAGACAUAUCAUCUUUCCCAUCCCAUGAAGCCGCAAGUGUUUCAGAAACCUCUGUUCCUAGUAAAACAACAACCUCUACUUCAACCCCUGAUCCUAAUGUAAUUUCAACUGCUUCAGAAGAAACUACUUCAUCACCAAAGUUGGUGGAAAGUUUUACAACCUCUUUUGCAUCCGAACAUUCUUCAAGCACUGUAACAUCAGAUUCAGAAGGCGGUGUAACAAGCUCAUCAAUUACAGACACUCCAUUACAGACAACCACUUUAAUCCCUACUAGCACACCACAGGUUCUCACAAAAGUUGGAAUUAUCUCCAUACCCCCUGAUACUACAACUCCUGAGAUAACAUCUACAAUUCAAGAAAUGAAAAAUUCUACAGCCACCACAUCGCCUGGUAUAACAUCAGGUUCUACAGAUUCUCAAACACCAGUGGAGUCCACAGCAUCAAUUGCUACAGCUGAGAUAAGCACAAUGGAAGGUUUCUCAACAACCACUACAUCAGAAAAGAUUUCUACAGGUAUUGAGCCAAGUUCAGAAACAGCAAUCACAAAUAUUGUUACUAUGAAUACUCCAAAAGUGCCUGCAAGCUCUACAGAUGAAUAUUCUUUUACAACUCAUGAUGCCACAAGUGCUUUAGAACCCUCUCUUUCGAAAGGAACAACAACCUCUACCUUAACCCCUAGGCCUAAUGUUAUCUCUACUGCUGCAGAGGAAACUACGUCACCAGACAAUUCGAAGGAAAACUUUACAACUUCCAUAACAUCAGAACAUGUUACUACAGGUAGAGAGUCAAGUUCAGAAACAGCAAUCACAAAUAUUGUUAGUAUGACUACUCCAAAGAUGACUCCAAGCUCCACAGUCAUAUCUUCUCUCCCAUCCCAUGAAGCCGCAAGUGUUUCAGAAACCUCUGUUCCUAAUAAAACAACAACCUCUAUUUCAACCCCUGGUCCUAAUGCAAUGUCUACUGCAUCAGAAGAAACUGCUUCAUCACAAAAGUUGGUGGAAAGUUUUACAACCUCUUUUGCAUCCAAACAUUCUUCAAGCACUGUAACAUCAGAUUCAGAAGGUGGUGUAACAAGCUCAUUAAUUACAGACACUCCAUUACAGACAACCACUUUAAUCCCUACUAGCACACCACAGGUUCUCACAAAAGUUGACAUUAUCUCCAUACCUCCUGAUACUACAACUGCUGAGAUACCAUCUACAAUUCAAGAAAUCAAAAAUUCUACAUCCACCACAUUGGCUGGUAUAACAUCAGGUUCUACAGAUUCUCAAACACCAGUGGAGUCCACAUCAUCAAUUGCUACAGCUGAGAUAAGCACAAUGGAAGGUUUCUCAACAACCACUACAUCAGAAAAGAUAUCUACAGGUAUUGAGCCAAGUUCAGAAACAGCAAUCACAAAUAUUGUUACUAUGAACACUCCAAAGGUGCCUGCAAGCUCUACAGAUGAAUAUUCUUUUACAACUCAUGAUGCCACAGAGGAAACUACAUCACCAGACAAUUCGCAGGAAAACUUUACAACCUCCAUACCAUCAGAACAUACUUCAACCCAUGUAACAUCAGAUUCAGAAGUUGGUGUAACAAGUUCUUCUGUUACAAACACUCCAUUACAGACAAACAAUUUAAACAAUACUAGUACAUUAGAUGUUUUCACAACAUUUGAAACUACCUCUAUACGCCCCGAUACCACAGCUGCUGAGGUAACAUCUACAAUUGAAGAAAUGAAAAAUUCUACAGUCACCACAUUGGCUGGUAUAACAUCAGGUUCUAUAAAAUCUCAAACAUCAGUGGAGUCCACAACAUCAAUUGCUACAGCUGAGAUGCACACAAUGGAAGGUUUCUCAACAACCAUUACAUCAGAGCAGGUUUCUACAAGUAGUGAGUCUAGUUCAGCAACAGCAAUCACAAAUAUUGUUACUAUGACCACUCCAAUAGUGACUCCAAGCUCCACAGACAUAUCAUCUUUCCCAUCCCAUGAAGCCGCAAGUGUUUCAGAAACCUCUGUUCCUAAUAAAACAAAAACCUCUACUUCAACCCCUGAUCCUAAUGUAAUUUCUACUGCAUCAGAAGAAACUACUUCAUCACAAAAGUUAGUGGAAAGUUUUACAACCUCUUUUGCAUCCGAACAUUCUUCAAGCACUGUAACAUCAGAUUCAGAAGGCGGUGUAACAAGCUCAUCAAUUACAGACACUCCAUUACAGACAACCACUUUAAUCCCUACUAGCACACCACAGGUUCUUACAAAAGUUGUAAUUAUCUCCAUACCCCCUGAUACUACAACUGCUGAGAUAACAUCUACAAUUCAAGAAAUCAAAAAUUCUACAUCCACCACAUUGGCUGGUAUAACAUCAGGUUCUACAGAUUCUCAAACACCAGUGGAGUCCACAUCAUCAAUUGCUACAGCUGAGAUAAGCACAAUGGAAGGUUUCUCAACAACCACUACAUCAGAAAAGAUAUCUACAGGUAUUGAGCCAAGUUCAGAAACAGCAAUCACAAAUAUUGUUACUAUGAACACUCCAAAGGUGCCUGCAAGCUCUACAGAUAAAUAUUAUUUUACAACUCAUGAUGCCACAGGUGCUUUAGAACCCUCUCUUUCGAAAAGAACAACAACCUCUACUUUAACCCCUAGGCCUAAUGUUAUCUCUACUCCUGCAGAGGAAACUACAUCACCAGACAAUUCGCAGGAAAACUUUACAACCUCCAUACCAUCAGAACAUACUUCAACCCAUGUAACAUCAGAUUCAGAAGUUGGUGUAACAAGUUCUUCUGUUACAAACACUCCAUUACAGACAAACAAUUUAAACAAUACUAGUACAUUAGAUGUAUUCACAACAUUUGAAAGUACCUCUAUACGCCCCGAUACCACAGCUGCUGAGGUAACAUCUACAAUUGAAAAAAUGAAAAAUUCUACAGUCACCACAUUGGCUGGUAUAACAUCAGGUUCUAUAAAAUCUCAAACAUCAGUGGAGUCCACAACAUCAAUUGCUACAGCUGAGAUGCACACAAUGGAAGGUUUCUCAACAACCAUUACAUCAGAGCAGGUUUCUACAAGUAGUGAGUCUAGUUCAGCAACAGCAAUCACAAAUAUUGUUACUAUGACCACUCCAGAGGUGUCUUCAAGCUCCACAGAUGAAUUUUCUUUUACAUCUCAUGAUUCCACAAAUGGUUCAGAAACUUCUCUUCCGAAGAGAACAACAACCUCUACUUUAACCUCUGGGCCUAUUCUUAACUCUACUGCUGCAGUGGAAUCUACGUUACCAGACAAUUUGCAGGAAAACUUUACAACUUCCUUAACAUCAGAACAUGUAACUACAGGUAGAGAGUCAAGUUCAGAAACAGCAAUCACAAAUAUUGUUAGUAUGACUACUCCAAUAGUGACUCCAAUCUCCACAGACAUAUCAUCUUUCCCAUCCCAUGAAGCCGCAAGUGUUUCAGAAACCUCUGUUCCUAAUAAAACAAAAACCUCUACUUCAACCCCUGAUCCUAAUGUAAUUUCUACUGCAUCAGAAGAAACUACUUCAUCACAAAAGUUGGUGGAAAGUUUUACAACCUCUUUUGCAUCCGAACAUUCUUCAAGCACUGUAACAUCAGAUUCAGAAGGUGAUGUAACAAGCUCAUCAAUUACAGACACUCCAUUACAGACAACCACUUUAAUCCCUACUAGCACACCACAGGUUCUUACAAAAGUUGUAAUUAUCUCCAUACCCCCUGAUACUACAAGUCCUGAGAUAACAUCUACAAUUCAAGAAAUCAAAAAUUCUACAUCCACCACAUUGGCUGGUAUAACAUCAGGUUCUACAGAUUCUCAAACACCAGUGGAGUCCACAUCAUCAAUUGCUACAGCUGAGAUAAGCACAAUGGAAGGUUUCUCAACAACCACUACAUCAGAAAAGAUAUCUACAGGUAUUGAGCCAAGUUCAGAAACAGCAAUCACAAAUAUUGUUACUAUGAAUACUCCAAAGGUACCUGCAAGCUCUAAAGAUGAAUAUUCUUUUACAACUCAUGAUGCCACAAGUGCUUUAGAACCCUCUCUUUCGAAAGGAACAACAACCUCUACCUUAACCCCUAGGCCUAAUGUUAUCUCUACUGCUGCAGAGGAAACUACGUCACCAGACAAUUCGAAGGAAAACUUUACAACUUCCAUAACAUCAGAACAUGUUACUACAGGUAGAGAGUCAAGUUCAGAAACAGCAAUCACAAAUAUUGUUAGUAUGACUACUCCAAAGAUGACUCCAAGCUCCACAGACAUAUCUUCUCUCCCAUCCCAUGAAGCCGCAAGUGUUUCAGAAACCUCUGUUCCUAAUAACACAACAACCUCUACUUCAACCCCUGGUCCUAAUGUAAUGUCUACUGCAUCAGAAGAAACUGCUUCAUCACAAAAGUUGGUGGAAAGUUUUACAACCUCUUUUGCAUCCAAACAUUCUUCAAGCACUGUAACAUCAGAUUCAGAAGGUGGUGUAACAAGCUCAUCAAUUACAGACACUCCAUUACAGACAACCACUUUAAUCCCUACUAGCACACCACAUUUUCUUACAAAAGUUGUAAUUAUCUCCAUACCCCCUGAUACUACAACUCCUGAGAUAACAUCUACAAUUCAAGAAAUGAAAAAUUCCACAUCCACCACAUUGGCUGGUAUAACAUCAGGUUCUACAGAUUCUCAAACACCAGUGGAGUCCACAGCAUCAAUUGCUACAGCUGAGAUAAGCACAAUGGAAGGUUUCUCAACAACCACUACAUCAGAAAAGAUUUCUACAGGUAUUGAGCCAAGUUCAGAAACAGCAAUCACAAAUAUUGUUACUAUGAAUACUCCAAAAGUGCCUGCAAGCUCUACAGAUGAAUAUUCUUUUACAACUCAUGAUGCCACAAGUGCUUUAGAACCCUCUCUUUCGAAAGGAACAACAACCUCUACCUUAACCCCUAGGCCUAAUGUUAUCUCUACUGCUGCAGAGGAAACUACGUCACCAGACAAUUCGAAGGAAAACUUUACAACUUCCAUAACAUCAGAACAUGUUACUACAGGUAGAGAGUCAAGUUCAGAAACAGCAAUCACAAAUAUUGUUAGUAUGACUACCCCAAAGAUGACUCCAAGCUCCACAGUCAUAUCUUCUCUCCCAUCCCAUGAAGCCGCAAGUGUUUCAGAAAACUCUGGUCCUAAUAAAACAACAACCUCUACUUCAACCCCUGGUCCUAAUGCAAUGUCUACUGCAUCAGAAGAAACUGCUUCAUCACAAAAGUUGGUGGAAAGUUUUACAACCUCUUUUGCAUCCAAACAUUCUUCAAGCACUGUAACAUCAGAUUCAGAAGGUGGUGUAACAAGCUCAUCAAUUACAGACACUCCAUUACAGACAACCACUUUAAUCCCUACUAGCACACCACAGGUUCUCACAAAAGUUGACAUUAUCUCCAUACCUCCUGAUACUACAACUGCUGAGAUAUCAUCUACAAUUCAAGAAAUCAAAAAUUCUACAUCCACCACAUUGGCUGGUAUAACAUCAGGUUCUACAGAUUCUCAAACACCAGUGGAGUCCACAUCAUCAAUUGCUACAGCUGAGAUAAGCACAAUGGAAGGUUUCUCAACAACCACUACAUCAGAAAAGAUAUCUACAGGUAUUGAGCCAAGUUCAGAAACAGCAAUCACAAAUAUUGUUACUAUGAACACUCCAAAGGUGCCUGCAAGCUCUACAGAUGAAUAUUCUUUUACAACUCAUGAUGCCACAGGUGCUUUAGAACCCUCUCUUUCGAAAAGAACAACAACCUCUACCUUAACCCCUAGGCCUAAUGUUAUCUCUACUGCUGCAGAGGAAACUACGUCACCAGACAAUUCGCAGGAAAACUUUACAACCUCCAUACCAUCAGAACAUACUUCAACCCAUGUAACAUCAGAUUCAGAAGUUGGUGUAACAAAUUCUUCUGUUACAAACACUCCAUUACAGACAAACAAUUUAAACAAUACUAGUACAUUAGAUGUUUUCACAACAUUUGAAACUACCUCUAUACGCCCCGAUACCACAGCUGCUGAGGUAACAUCUACAAUUGAAGAAAUGAAAAAUUCUACAGUCACCACAUUGGCUGGUAUAACAUCAGGUUCUAUAAAAUCUCAAACAUCAGUAGAGUCCACAACAUCAAUUGCUACAGCUGAGAUGCCCACAAUGGAAGGUUUCUCAACAACCAUUACAUCAGAGCAGGUUUCUACAAGUAGUGAGUCUAGUUCAGCAACAGCAAUCAAAAAUAUUGUUACUAUGACCACUCCAGAGGUGUCUUCAAGCUCCACAGAUGAAUUUUCUUUUACAUCUCAUGAUUCCACAAGUGGUUCAGAAACCUCUCUUCCGAAGAGAACAACAACCUCUACUUUAACCUCUGGGCCUAUUCUUAACUCUACUGCUGCAGUGGAAUCUACGUUACCAGACAAUUCGCAGGAAAACUUUACAACUUCCUUAACAUCAGAACAUGUUACUACAGGUAGAGAGUCAAGUUCAGAAACAGCAAUCACAAAUAUUGUUAGUAUGACUACUCCUAAGGUGACACCAAGCUCCACAGUCAUAUCUUCUUUCCCAUCCCAUGAAGCCGCAAGUGUUUCAGAAACCUCUGUUCCUAUUAAAACAACAACCUCUACUUCAACCCCUGAUCCUAAUGUAAUUUCAACUGCUUCAGAAGAAACUACUUCAUCACCAAAGUUGGUGGAAAGUUUUACAACCUCUUUUACAUCCGAACAUUCUUCAAGCACUGUAACAUCAGAUUCAGAAGGCGGUGUAACAAGCUCAUCAAUUACAGACACUCCAUUACAGACAACCACUUUAAUCCCUACUAGCACACCACAGGUUCUCACAAAAGUUGGAAUUAUCUCCAUACCCCCUGAUACUACAACUCCUGAGAUAACAUCUACAAUUCAAGAAAUGAAAAAUUCUACAGCCACCACAUCGCCUGGUAUAACAUCAGGUUCUACAGAUUCUCAAACACCAGUGGAGUCCACAGCAUCAAUUGCUACAGCUGAGAUAAGCACAAUGGAAGGUUUCUCAACAACCACUACAUCAGAAAAGAUUUCUACAGGUAUUGAGCCAAGUUCAGAAACAGCAAUCACAAAUAUUGUUACUAUGAAUACUCCAAAAGUGCCUGCAAGCUCUACAGAUGAAUAUUCUUUUACAACUCAUGAUGCCACAAGUGCUUUAGAUCCCUCUCUUUCGAAAGGAACAACAACCUCUACCUUAACCCCUAGGCCUAAUGUUAUCUCUACUGCUGCAGAGGAAACUACGUCACCAGACAAUUCGAAGGAAAACUUUACAACUUCCAUAACAUCAGAACAUGUUACUACAGGUAGAGAGUCAAGUUCAGAAACAGCAAUCACAAAUAUUGUUAGUAUGACUACUCCAAAGAUGACUCCAAGCUCCACAGUCAUAUCUUCUCUCCCAUCCCAUGAAGCCGCAAGUGUUUCAGAAACCUCUGUUCCUAAUAAAACAACAACCUCUACUUCAACCCCUGGUCCUAAUGCAAUGUCUACUGCAUCAGAAGAAACUGCUUCAUCACAAAAGUUGGUGGAAAGUUUUACAACCUCUUUUGCAUCCAAACAUUCUUCAAGCACUGUAACAUCAGAUUCAGAAGGUGGUGUAACAAGCUCAUCAAUUACAGACACUCCAUUACAGACAACCACUUUAAUCCCUACUAGCACACCACAGGUUCUCACAAAAGUUGACAUUAUCUCCAUACCUCCUGAUACUACAACUGCUGAGAUACCAUCUACAAUUCAAGAAAUCAAAAAUUCUACAUCCACCACAUUGGCUGGUAUAACAUCAGGUUCUACAGAUUCUCAAACACCAGUGGAGUCCACAUCAUCAAUUGCUACAGCUGAGAUAAGCACAAUGGAAGGUUUCUCAACAACCACUACAUCAGAAAAGAUAUCUACAGGUAUUGAGCCAAGUUCAGAAACAGCAAUCACAAAUAUUGUUACUAUGAAUACUCCAAAAGUGCCUGCAAGCUCUACAGAUGAAUAUUCUUUUACAACUCAUGAUGCCACAAGUGCUUUAGAACCCUCUCUUUCGAAAGGAACAACAACCUCUACCUUAACCCCUAGGCCUAAUGUUAUAUCUACUGCUGCAGAGGAAACUACGUCACCAGACAAUUUGAAGAAAAACUUUACAACUUCCAUAACAUCAGAACAUGUUACUACAGGUAGAGAGUCAAGUUCAGAAACAGCAAUCACAAAUAUUGUUAGUAUGACUACUCCUAAGGUGACACCAAGCUCCACAGACAUAUCUUCUUUCCCAUCCCAUGAACCUGCAAGUGUUUCAGAAACCUCUGUUCCUAGUAAAACAACAACCUCUACUUCAACCCCUGAUCCUAAUGUAAUUUCAAAUGCUUCAGAAGAAACUACUUCAUCACCAAAGUUGGUGGAAAGUUUUACAACCUCUUUUGCAUCCGAGCAUUCUUCAAGCACUGUAACAUCAGAUUCAGAAGGCGGUCUAACAAGCUCAUCAAUUACAGACACUCCAUUACAGACAACCACUUUAAUCCCUACUAGCACACCACAGGUUCUCACAAAAGUUGGAAUUAUCUCCAUACCCCCUGAUACUACAACUCCUGAGAUAACAUCUACAAUUCAAGAAAUGAAAAAUUCUACAGCCACCACAUCGCCUGGUAUAACAUCAGGUUCUACAGAUUCUCAAACACCAGUGGAGUCCACAGCAUCAAUUGCUACAGCUGAGAUAAGCACAAUGGAAGGUUUCUCAACAACCACUACAUCAGAAAAGAUUUCUACAGGUAUUGAGCCAAGUUCAGAAACAGCAAUCACAAAUAUUGUUACUAUGAAUACUCCAAAAGUGCCUGCAAGCUCUACAGAUGAAUAUUCUUUUACAACUCAUGAUGCCACAAGUGCUUUAGAACCCUCUCUUUCGAAAGGAACAAUAACCUCUACUUUAACCCCUAGGCCUAAUGUUAUCUCUACUCCUGCAGAGGAAACUACAUCACCAGACAAUUCGCAGGAAAACUUUACAACCUCCAUACCAUCAGAACAUACUUCAACCCAUGUAACAUCAGAUUCAGAAGUUGGUGUAACAAAUUCUUCUGUUACAAACACUCCAUUACAGACAAACAAUUUAAACAAUACUAGUACAUUAGAUGUUUUCACAACAUUUGAAACUACCUCUAUACGCCCCGAUACCACAGCUGCUGAGGUAACAUCUACAAUUGAAGAAAUGAAAAAUUCUACAGUCACCACAUUGGCUGGUAUUACAUCAGGUUCUAUAAAAUCUCAAACAUCAGUGGAGUCCACAACAUCAAUUGCUACAGCUGAGAUGCACACAAUGGAAGGUUUCUCAACAACCAUUACAUCAGAGCAGGUUUCUACAAGUAGUGAGUCUAGUUCAGCAACAGCAAUCACAAAUAUUGUUACUAUGACCACUCCAGAGGUGUCUUCAAGCUCCACAGAUGAAUUUUCUUUUACAUCUCAUGAUUCCACAAGUGGUUCAGAAACCUCUUUUCCGAAGAGAACAACAACCUCUACUUUAACCUCUGGGCCUAUUCUUAACUCUACUGCUGCAGUGGAAUCUACGUUACCAGACAAUUCGCAGGAAAACUUUACAACUUCCUUAACAUCAGAACAUGUAACUACAGGUAGAGAGUCAAGUUCAGAAACAGCAAUCACAAAUAUUGUUAGUAUGACUACUCCAAUAGUGACUCCAAGCUCCACAGACAUAUCAUCUUUCCCAUCCCAUGAAGCCGCAAGUGUUUCAGAAACCUCUGUUCCUAAUAAAACAAAAACCUCUACUUCAACCCCUGAUCCUAAUGUAAUUUCUACCGCAUCAGAAGAAACUACUUCAUCACAAAAGUUGGUGGAAAGUUUUACAACCUCUUUUGCAUCCGAACAUUCUUCAAGCACUGUAACAUCAGAUUCAGAAGGCGGUGUAACAAGCUCAUCAAUUACAGACACUCCAUUACAGACAACCACUUUAAUCCCUACUAGCACACCACAUUUUCUUACAAAAGUUGUAAUUAUCUCCAUACCCCCUGAUACUACAACUCCUGAGAUAACAUCUACAAUUCAAGAAAUCAAAAAUUCCACAUCCACCACAUUGGCUGGUAUAACAUCAGGUUCUACAGAUUCUCAAACACCAGUGGAGUCCACAUCAUCAAUUGCUACAGCUGAUUUAAGCACAAUGGAAGGUUUCUCAACAACCACUACAUCAGAAAAGAUAUCUACAGGUAUUGAGCCAAGUUCAGAAACAGCAAUCACAAAUAUUGUUACUAUGAAUACUCCAAAGGUGCCUGCAAGCUCUAAAGAUGAAUAUUCUUUUACAACUCAUGAUGCCACAAGUGCUUUAGAACCCUCUCUUUCGAAAGGAACAACAACCUCUACCUUAACCCCUAGGCCUAAUGUUAUCUCUACUGCUGCAGAGGAAACUACGUCACCAGACAAUUCGCAGGAAAACUUUACAACCUCCAUACCAUCAGAACAUACUUCAACCCAUGUAACAUCAGAUUCAGAAGUUGGUGUAACAAAUUCUUCUGUUACAAACACUCCAUUACAGACAAACAAUUUAAACAAUACUAGUACAUUAGAUGUUUUCACAACAUUUGAAACUACCUCUAUACGCCCCGAUACCACAGCUGCUGAGGUAACAUCUACAAUUGAAGAAAUGAAAAAUUCUACAGUCACCACAUUGGCUGGUAUAACAUCAGGUUCUAUAAAAUCUCAAACAUCAGUGGAGUCCACAACAUCAAUUGCUACAGCUGAGAUGCACACAAUGGAAGGUUUCUCAACAACCAUUACAUCAGAGCAGGUUUCUACAAGUAGUGAGUCUAGUUCAGCAACAGCAAUCACAAAUAUUGUUACUAUGACCACUCCAGAGGUGUCUUCAAGCUCCACAGAUGAAUUUUCUUUUACAUCUCAUGAUUCCACAAGUGGUUCAGAAACCUCUCUUCCGAAGAGAACAACAACCUCUACUUUAACCUCUGGGCCUAUUCUUAACUCUACUGCUGCAGUGGAAUCUACGUUACCAGACAAUUCACAGGAAAACUUUACAACUUCCUUAACAUCAGAACAUGUAACUACAGGUAGAGAGUCAAGUUCAGAAACAGCAAUCACAAAUAUUGUUAGUAUAACUACUCCAAUAGUGACUCCAAGCUCCACAGACAUAUCAUCUUUCCCAUCCCAUGAAGCCGCAAGUGUUUCAGAAACCUCUGUUCCUAAUAAAACAAAAACCUCUACUUCAACCCCUGAUCCUAAUGUAAUUUCUACCGCAUCAGAAGAAACUACUUCAUCACAAAAGUUGGUGGACAGUUUUACAACCUCUUUUGCAUCCGAACAUUCUUCAAGCACUGUAACAUCAGAUUCAGAAGGCGGUGUAACAAGCUCAUCAAUUACAGACACUCCAUUACAGACAACCACUUUAAUCCCUACUAGCACACCACAUUUUCUUACAAAAGUUGUAAUUAUCUCCAUACCCCCUGAUACUACAACUCCUGAGAUAACAUCUACAAUUCAAGAAAUCAAAAAUUCCACAUCCACCACAUUGGCUGGUAUAACAUCAGGUUCUACAGAUUCUCAAACACCAGUGGAGUCCACAUCAUCAAUUGCUACAGCUGAGAUAAGCACAAUGGAAGGUUUCUCAACAACCACUACAUCAGAAAAGAUAUCUACAGGUAUUGAGCCAAGUUCAGAAACAGCAAUCACAAAUAUUGUUACUAUGAAUACUCCAAAGGUGCCUGCAAGCUCUAAAGAUGAAUAUUCUUUUACAACUCAUGAUGCCACAAGUGCUUUAGAACCCUCUCUUUCGAAAGGAACAACAACCUCUACCUUAACCCCUAGGCCUAAUGUUAUCUCUACUGCUGCAGAGGAAACUACGUCACCAGACAAUUCGCAGGAAUACUUUACAACAUCCAUAACAUCAGAACAUGUUACUACAGGUAGAGAGUCAAGUUCAGAAACAGCAAUCACAAAUAUUGUUAGUAUGACUACUCCUAAGGUGACACCAAGCUCCACAGACAUAUCUUCUUUCCCAUCCCAUGAAGCCGCAAGUGUUUCAGAAACCUCUGUUCCUAGUAAAACAACAACCUCUACUUCAACCCCUGAUCCUAAUGUAAUUUCAACUGCUUCAGAAGAAACUACUUCAUCACCAAAGUUGGUGGAAAGUUUUACAACCUCUUUUGCAUCCGAACAUUCUUCAAGCACUGUAACAUCAGAUUCAGAAGGCGGUGUAACAAGCUCAUCAAUUACAGACACUCCAUUACAGACAACCACUUUAAUCCCUACUAGCACACCACAGGUUCUCACAAAAGUUGGAAUUAUCUCCAUACCCCCUGAUACUACAACUCCUGAGAUAACAUCUACAAUUCAAGAAAUGAAAAAUUCUACAGCCACCACAUCGCCUGGUAUAACAUCAGGUUCUACAGAUUCUCAAACACCAGUGGAGUCCACAGCAUCAAUUGCUACAGCUGAGAUAAGCACAAUGGAAGGUUUCUCAACAACCACUACAUCAGAAAAGAUUUCUACAGGUAUUGAGCCAAGUUCAGAAACAGCAAUCACAAAUAUUAUUACUAUGAAUACUCCAAAAGUGCCUGCAAGCUCUACAGAUGAAUAUUCUUUUACAACUCAUGAUGCCACAAGUGCUUUAGAACCCUCUCUUCCGAAGAGAACAGCAACCUCUACUUUAACCUCUGGGCCUAUUCUUAACUCUACUGCUGCAGUGGAAUCUACGUUACCAGACAAUUCACAGGAAAACUUUACAACUUCCUUAACAUCAGAACAUGUAACUACAGGUAGAGAGUCAAGUUCAGAAACAGCAAUCACAAAUAUUGUUAGUAUGACUACUCCAAUAGUGACUCCAAGCUCCACAGACAUAUCAUCUUUCCCAUCCCAUGAAGCCGCAAGUGUUUCAGAAACCUCUGUUCCUAAUAAAACAAAAACCUCUACUUCAACCCCUGAUCCUAAUGUAAUUUCUACCGCAUCAGAAGAAACUACUUCAUCACAAAAGUUGGUGGACAGUUUUACAACCUCUUUUGCAUCCGAACAUUCUUCAAGCACUGUAACAUCAGAUUCAGAAGGCGGUGUAACAAGCUCAUCAAUUACAGACACUCCAUUACAGACAACCACUUUAAUCCCUACUAGCACACCACAUUUUCUUACAAAAGUUGUAAUUAUCUCCAUACCCCCUGAUACUACAACUCCUGAGAUAACAUCUACAAUUCAAGAAAUCAAAAAUUCCACAUCCACCACAUUGGCUGGUAUAACAUCAGGUUCUACAGAUUCUCAAACACCAGUGGAGUCCACAUCAUCAAUUGCUACAGCUGAGAUAAGCACAAUGGAAGGUUUCUCAACAACCACUACAUCAGAAAAGAUAUCUACAGGUAUUGAGCCAAGUUCAGAAACAGCAAUCACAAAUAUUGUUACUAUGAAUACUCCAAAGGUGCCUGCAAGCUCUAAAGAUGAAUAUUCUUUUACAACUCAUGAUGCCACAAGUGCUUUAGAACCCUCUCUUUCGAAAGGAACAACAACCUCUACCUUAACCCCUAGGCCUAAUGUUAUCUCUACUGCUGCAGAGGAAACUACGUCACCAGACAAUUCACAGGAAAACUUUACAACUUCCUUAACAUCAGAACAUGUAACUACAGGUAGAGAGUCAAGUUCAGAAACAGCAAUCACAAAUAUUGUUAGUAUGACUACUCCAAUAGUGACACCAAGCUCCACAGACAUAUCUUCUUUCCCAUCCCAUGAAGCCGCAAGUGUUUCAGAAACCUCUGUUCCUAAUAAAACAAAAACCUCUACUUCAACCCCUGAUCCUAAUGUAAUUUCUACCGCAUCAGAAGAAACUACUUCAUCACAAAAGUUGGUGGACAGUUUUACAACCUCUUUUGCAUCCGAACAUUCUUCAAGCACUGUAACAUCAGAUUCAGAAGGCGGUGUAACAAGCUCAUCAAUUACAGACACUCCAUUACAGACAACCACUUUAAUCCCUACUAGCACACCACAGGUUCUCACAAAAGUUGGAAUUAUCUCCAUACCCCCUGAUACUACAACUCCUGAGAUAACAUCUACAAUUCAAGAAAUGAAAAAUUCUACAGCCACCACAUCGCCUGGUAUAACAUCAGGUUCUACAGAUUCUCAAACACCAGUGGAGUCCACAGCAUCAAUUGCUACAGCUGAGAUAAGCACAAUGGAAGGUUUCUCAACAACCACUACAUCAGAAAAGAUUUCUACAGGUAUUGAGCCAAGUUCAGAAACAGCAAUCACAAAUAUUGUUACUAUGAAUACUCCAAAAGUGCCUGCAAGCUCUACAGAUGAAUAUUCUUUUACAACUCAUGAUGCCACAAGUGCUUUAGAACCCUCUCUUUCGAAAGGAACAACAACCUCUACCUUAACCCCUAGGCCUAAUGUUAUCUCUACUGCUGCAGAGGAAACUACGUCACCAGACAAUUCGAAGGAAAACUUUACAACUUCCAUAACAUCAGAACAUGUUACUACAGGUAGAGAGUCAAGUUCAGAAACAGCAAUCACAAAUAUUGUUAGUAUGACUACUCCAAAGAUGACUCCAAGCUCCACAGUCAUAUCUUCUCUCCCAUCCCAUGAAGCCGCAAGUGUUUCAGAAACCUCUGUUCCUAAUAAAACAACAACCUCUAUUUCAACCCCUGGUCCUAAUGCAAUGUCUACUGCAUCAGAAGAAACUGCUUCAUCACAAAAGUUGGUGGAAAGUUUUACAACCUCUUUUGCAUCCAAACAUUCUUCAAGCACUGUAACAUCAGAUUCAGAAGGUGGUGUAACAAGCUCAUUAAUUACAGACACUCCAUUACAGACAACCACUUUAAUCCCUACAAGCACACCACAGGUUCUCACAAAAGUUGACAUUAUCUCCAUACCUCCUGAUACUACAACUGCUGAGAUACCAUCUACAAUUCAAGAAAUCAAAAAUUCUACAUCCACCACAUUGGCUGGUAUAACAUCAGGUUCUACAGAUUCUCAAACACCAGUGGAGUCCACAUCAUCAAUUGCUACAGCUGAGAUAAGCACAAUGGAAGGUUUCUCAACAACCACUACAUCAGAAAAGAUAUCUACAGGUAUUGAGCCAAGUUCAGAAACAGCAAUCACAAAUAUUGUUACUAUGAACACUCCAAAGGUGCCUGCAAGCUCUACAGAUGAAUAUUCUUUUACAACUCAUGAUGCCACAGGUGCUUUAGAACCCUCUCUUUCGAAAAGAACAACAACCUCUACUUUAACCCCUAGGCCUAAUGUUAUCUCUACUCCUGCAGAGGAAACUACAUCACCAGACAAUUCGCAGGAAAACUUUACAACCUCCAUACCAUCAGAACAUACUUCAACCCAUGUAACAUCAGAUUCAGAAGUUGGUGUAACAAGUUCUUCUGUUACAAACACUCCAUUACAGACAAACAAUUUAAACAAUACUAGUACAUUAGAUGUUUUCACAACAUUUGAAACUACCUCUAUACGCCCCGAUACCACAGCUGCUGAGGUAACAUCUACAAUUGAAGAAAUGAAAAAUUCUACAGUCACCACAUUGGCUGGUAUAACAUCAGGUUCUAUAAAAUCUCAAACAUCAGUGGAGUCCACAACAUCAAUUGCUACAGCUGAGAUGCACACAAUGGAAGGUUUCUCAACAACCAUUACAUCAGAGCAGGUUUCUACAAGUAGUGAGUCUAGAUCAGCAACAGCAAUCACAAAUAUUGUUACUAUGACCACUCCAGAUGUGUCUUCAAGCUCCACAGAUGAAUUUUCUUUUACAUCUCAUGAUUCCACAAGUGGUUCAGAAACCUCUCUUCCGAAGAGAACAGCAACCUCUACUUUAACCUCUGGGCCUAUUCUUAACUCUACUGCUGCAGUGGAAUCUACGUUACCAGACAAUUCACAGGAAAACUUUACAACUUCCUUAACAUCAGAACAUGUUACUACAGGUAGAGAGUCAAGUUCAGAAACAGCAAUCACAAAUAUUGUUAGUAUGACUACUCCUAAGGUGACACCAAGCUCCACAGACAUAUCUUCUUUCCCAUCCCAUGAAGCCGCAAGUGUUUCAGAAACCUCUGUUCCUAGUAAAAUAACAACCUCUACUUCAACCCCUGAUCCUAAUGUAAUUUCAACUGCUUCAGAAGAAACUACUUCAUCACCAAAGUUGGUGGAAAGUUUUACAACCUCUUUUGCAUCCGAACAUUCUUCAAGCACUGUAACAUCAGAUUCAGAAGGCGGUGUAACAAGCUCAUCAAUUACAGACACUCCAUUACAGACAACCACUUUAAUCCCUACUAGCACACCACAGGUUCUCACAAAAGUUGGAAUUAUCUCCAUACCCCCUGAUACUACAACUCCUGAGAUAACAUCUACAAUUCAAGAAAUGAAAAAUUCUACAGCCACCACAUCGCCUGGUAUAACAUCAGGUUCUACAGAUUCUCAAACACCAGUGGAGUCCACAGCAUCAAUUGCUACAGCUGAGAUAAGCACAAUGGAAGGUUUCUCAACAACCACUACAUCAGAAAAGAUUUCUACAGGUAUUGAGCCAAGUUCAGAAACAGCAAUCACAAAUAUUGUUACUAUGAAUACUCCAAAAGUGCCUGCAAGCUCUACAGAUGAAUAUUCUUUUACAACUCAUGAUGCCACAAGUGCUUUAGAACCCUCUCUUUCGAAAGGAACAACAACCUCUACCUUAACCCCUAGGCCUAAUGUUAUCUCUACUGCUGCAGAGGAAACUACGUCACCAGACAAUUCAAAGGAAAACUUUACAACUUCCAUAACAUCAGAACAUGUUACUACAGGUAGAGAGUCAAGUUCAGAAACAGCAAUCACAAAUAUUGUUAGUAUGACUACUCCAAAGAUGACUCCAAGCUCCACAGUCAUAUCUUCUCUCCCAUCCCAUGAAGCCGCAAGUGUUUCAGAAACCUCUGUUCCUAAUAAAACAACAACCUCUAUUUCAACCCCUGGUCCUAAUGCAAUGUCUACUGCAUCAGAAGAAACUGCUUCAUCACAAAAGUUGGUGGAAAGUUUUACAACCUCUUUUGCAUCCAAACAUUCUUCAAGCACUGUAACAUCAGAUUCAGAAGGUGGUGUAACAAGCUCAUUAAUUACAGACACUCCAUUACAGACAACCACUUUAAUCCCUACUAGCACACCACAGGUUCUCACAAAAGUUGACAUUAUCUCCAUACCUCCUGAUACUACAACUGCUGAGAUACCAUCUACAAUUCAAGAAAUCAAAAAUUCUACAUCCACCACAUUGGCUGGUAUAACAUCAGGUUCUACAGAUUCUCAAACACCAGUGGAGUCCACAUCAUCAAUUGCUACAGCUGAGAUAAGCACAAUGGAAGGUUUCUCAACAACCACUACAUCAGAAAAGAUAUCUACAGGUAUUGAGCCAAGUUCAGAAACAGCAAUCACAAAUAUUGUUACUAUGAACACUCCAAAGGUGCCUGCAAGCUCUACAGAUGAAUAUUCUUUUACAACUUAUGAUGCCACAGGUGCUUUAGAACCCUCUCUUUCGAAAAGAACAACAACCUCUACUUUAACCCCUAGGCCUAAUGUUAUCUCUACUCCUGCAGAGGAAACUACAUCACCAGACAAUUCGCAGGAAAACUUUACAACCUCCAUACCAUCAGAACAUACUUCAACCCAUGUAACAUCAGAUUCAGAAGUUGGUGUAACAAGUUCUUCUGUUACAAACACUCCAUUACAGACAAACAAUUUAAACAAUACUAGUACAUUAGAUGUUUUCACAACAUUUGAAACUACCUCUAUACGCCCCGAUACCACAGCUGCUGAGGUAACAUCUACAAUUGAAGAAAUGAAAAAUUCUACAGUCACCACAUUGGCUGGUAUAACAUCAGGUUCUAUAAAAUCUCAAACAUCAGUGGAGUCCACAACAUCAAUUGCUACAUCUGAGAUGCACACAAUGGAAGGUUUCUCAACAACCAUUACAUCAGCGCAGGUUUCUACAAGUAGUGGGUCUAGUUCAGCAACAGCAAUCACAAAUCGUGUUAGUAUGACUACUCCAGAGGUGUCUUCAAGCCCCACAGAUGAAUUUUCUUUUACAUCUCAUGAUUCCACAAGUGGUUCAGAAACCUCUCCUCUGAAGAGAACAACAACCUCUACUUUAACCUCUGGACCUAAUUUUAACUCUACUGCUGCAGUGGAAACUACGUUACCAUACAAUUCACAAGGAAACUUUCCAACUUCCUUAAAAUCAGAACAUAUUACUACAGGUAGAGAGUCAAGUUCAGAAACAGCAAUCACAAAUAUUGUUACUAUGACUACUCCAAAGGUGACUCCAAGCUCCACAGACAUAUCUUCUCUCCCAUCCCAUGAAGCCGCAAGUGUUUCAGAAACCUCUGUUCCUAAUAAAACAACAACCUCUACUUCAACCCCUGGUCCUAAUGUAAUUUCUACCGCAUCAGAAGAAACUACUUCAUCACAAAAGUUGGUGGAAAGUUUUACAACCUCUUUUGCAUCCGAACAUUCUUCAAGCACUGUAACAUCAGAUUCAGAAGGCGGUGUAGCAAGCUCAUCAAUUACAGACACUUCAUUACAGACAACCACUUUAAUCCCUACUAGCACACCACAUUUUCUUACAAAAGUUGUAAUUAUCUCCAUACCCCCUGAUACUACAACUCCUGAGAUAACAUCUACAAUUCAAGAAAUCAAAAAUUCCACAUCCACCACAUUGGCUGGUAUAACAUCAGGUUCUACAGAUUCUCAAACACCAGUGGAGUCCACAUCAUCAAUUGCUACAGCUGAGAUAAGCACAAUGGAAGGUUUCUCAACAACCAUUACAUCAGAGCAGGUUUCUACAAGUAGUGAGUCUAGUCCAGCAACAGCAAUCACAAAUAUUGUUACUAUGACUACUGCAGAGGUGUCUGCAAGCUCCACAGAUGAAUUUUCUUUUACAUCUCAUGAUUCCACAAGUGGUUCAGAAACCUCUCUUCCAAAGAGAACAACAACCUCUACCUUAACCCCUAGGCCUAAUGUUAUCUCUACUGCUGCAGAGGAAACUACGUCACCAGACAAUUCGCAGAAAUACUUUACAACAUCCAUAGAAUCAGAACAUACUUCAACCAAUGUAACAUCAGAUUCAGAAGUGGGUGUUACGAGUUCUUCUAUUACAAACACUCCAUUACAGACAAACACUUUCAACAAUAUUAGUACAUUAGACGUUCUCAAAAAAUUUAAAAGUACCUCCAUACCCCCUGAUACUAAAACUGCUGAGGUAACAUCUACAAUUGAAGAAAUGAAAAAUUCUACAUCCACCACAUUGGCUGGUAUAACAUCAGGUUCUAUAGAAUCUCAAACAUCAGUGGAGUCCACAACAUCAAUUGAUACAGCUGAGAUGCAUACAACGGAAGGUUUCUCAAAAACCAUUACAUCAGAGCAGGUUUCUAGUAGUAGUGAGUCUAGUUCAGCAACAGCAAUCACAAAUAUUGUUACUAUGACUACUCCAGAGGUGUCUGCAAGCUCUACAGAUGAAUUUUCUUUUACAUCUCAUGAUUCCACAAGUGGUUCAGAAACCUCUCUUCCGAAGAGAACAACAACCUCUACUUUAACCUCUGGGCCUAAUCUUAACUCUACUGCUGCAGUGGAAACUACGUUGCCAGACAAUUCGCAAGGAAACUUUACAACUUCCUUAAAAUCAGAACAUGUUACUACAGGUAGAGAGUCAAGUUCAGAAACAGCAAUCACAAAUAUUGUUAGUAUGAAUACUCCAAUGGUAAAUCCAAGCUCCACAGACAUAUCUUCUUUCCCAUCCCAUGAAGCCGCAAGUGUUUCAGAAACCUCUGUUCCUAAUAAAACAACAACCUUUAUUUCAACCCCUGAUCCUAAUGUAAUUUCUACUGCAUCAGAAGAAACUACUUCAUCACAAAAGUUGGUGGAAAGUUUUACAACCUCUUUUGCAUCCGAACAUUCUUCAAGCAUGGUCACAUCAGAUUCAGAAGGCGGUAUAACAAGCUCAUCAAUUACAGACACUCCAUUACAGACAACCACUUUAAUCCCUACUAGCAGACCCCAGGUUCUCACAAAAGUUGACAUUAUCUCCAUACCCCCUGAUACUACAACUGCUGAAAUAACAUCUACAAUUCAAGACAUCAAAAAUUCUACAUCCACCACAUUGGCUGGUAUAACAUCAGGUUCUACAGAUUCUCACACACCAGUGGAGUCCACAGCAUCAAUUGCUACAGCUGAGAUAAGCACAAUGGAAGGUUUCUCAACAACCACUACAUCAGAAAAGAUAUCUACAGGUAUUGAGCCAAGUUCAGAAACAGCAAUCACAAAUAUUGUUACUAUGAAUACUCCAAAGGUGCCUGCAAGCUCUACAGAUGAAUAUUCUUUUACAACUCAUGAUGCCACAGGUGCUUUAGAACCCUCUCUUUCGAAAAGAACAACAACCUCUACUAUAACCCCUAGGCCUAAUGUUAUCUCUACUGCUGCAGAGGAAACUACGUCACCAGACAAUUCGCAGGAAAACUUUAAAACCUCCAUACCAUCAGAACAUACUUCAACCCAUGUAACAUCAGACUCAGAAGUUGGUGUAACAAGUUCUUCUAUGACAAACACUCCAUUACAAACAAACACUUUAAACAAUACUAGUACAUUAGACGUUCUCACAACAUUUGAAAGAACCUCUAUACCCCCCGAUACCACAGCUGCUGACGUAACAUCUACAAUUGAAGAAAUGAAAAAUUAUACAGCCACCACAUUGGCUGGUAUAACAUCAGGUUCUAUAAAAUCUCAAACAUCAGUGGAGUCCACAACAUCAAUUGCUACAGCUGAGAUGCACACAAUGGAAGGUUUCUCAACAACCAUUACAUCAGAGCAGGUUUCUACAAGUAGUGAGUCUAGUCCAGCAACAGCAAUCACAAACAUUGUUACUAUGACCACUCCAGAGGUGUCUUCAAGCUCCACAGAUGAAUUUUCUUUUACAUCUCAUGAUUCCACAAGUGGUUCAGAAACCUCUCUUCCGAAGAGAACAACAACCUCUACUUUAACCUCUGGGCCUAAUCUUAACUCUACUGCUGCAGUGGAAACUACGUUGCCAGACAAUUCGCAAGGAAACUUUACAACUUCCUUAGAUUCAGAACAUACUUCAACCAAUGUAACAUCAGAUUCAGAAGUGGGUGUUACGAGUUCUUCUAUUACAAACACUCCAUUACAGACAAACACUUUCAACAAUAUUAGUACAUUAGACGUUCUCAAAAAAUUUAAAAGUACCUCCAUACCCCCUGAUACUACAACUGCUGAGGUAACAUCUACAAUUGAAGAAAUGAAAAAUUCUACAUCCACCACAUUGGCUGGUAUAACAUCAGGUUCUAUAGAAUCUCAAACAUCAGUGGUGUCCACAACAUCAAUUGAUACUGCUGAGAUGCAUACAACGGAAGGUUUCUCAAAAAACAUUACAUACGAGCAGGUUUCUAGUAGUAGUGAGUCUAGUUCAGCAACAGCAAUCACAAAUAUUGUUACUAUGACUACUCCAGAGGUGUCUUCAAGCUCCACAGAUGAAUUUUCUUUUACAUCUCAUGAUUCCACAAGUGGUUCAGAAACCUCUCUUCUGAAGAGAACAACAACCUCUACUUUAACCUCUGGGCCUAAUCUUAACUCUAUUGCUGCAGUGGAAACUACGUUACCAGACAAUUCGCAACAAAACUUUACAACUUCCUUAAAAUCAGAACAUAUUACUACAGGUCGAGAGUCAAGUUCAGAAACAGCAAUCACAAAUAUUGUUACUAUGACUACUCCAAAGGUAAAUCCAAGCUCCACAGACAUAUCUUCUUUCCCAUCCCAUGAAGCCGCAAGUGUUUCAGAAACCUCUGUUCCUAAUAAAACAACAACCUCUACUUCAACCCCUGGUCCUAAUGUAAUUUCUACUGCAUCAGAAGAAACUACUUCAUCACAAAAGUUGGUGGAAAGUUUUACAACCUCUUUUGCAUCCAAACAUUCUUCAAGUAUUGUAACAUCAGAUUCAGAAGGCGGAGUAACAAGCUCGUCAAUUACAGACACUCCAUUACAGACAACCACUUUAAUCCCUACUAGCACACCACAGGCUCUCACAAAAGUUGACAUUAUCUCCAUACCCCCUGAUACUACAACUGCUGAGAUAACAUCUACAAUUGAAGAAAUCAAAAAUUCUACAUCCACCACAUUGGCUGGUAUAACAUCAGGUUCUAUAGAAUCUCAAACAUCAGUGGAGUCCACAACAUCAAUUGAUACAGCUGAGAUGCAUACAACGGAAGGUUUUUCAAAAACCAUUACAUCAGAGCAGGUUUCUAGUAGUAGUGAGUCUAGUUCAGCAACAGCAAUCACAAAUAUUGUUACUAUGACUACUCCAGAGGUGCCAGCAAACUCCACAGAUGAAUUUUCUUUUACAUCUCAUGAUUCCACAAGUGUUUCAGAAACCUCUCUUCCGAAGAGAACAACAACCUCUACUUUAACCCCUUGGCCUAAUCUUAACUCUACUGCUGCAGUGGAAACUCCAGACAAUUCGCAGGAAAACUUUACAACUUCUAUAGCAUCAGAACAUGUUACUACAGGUAGAGAGUCUAGUUCAGAAACAGCAAUAACAAAUAUUGUUACUAUGACUACUCCAAAGGUGACUCCAAACUCCACAGACAUAUCUUCUUACCCAUCCCAUGAAGCCGCAAGUGUUUCAGAAACCUCUGUUCCUAAUAAAACAACAACCUCUACUAGAACACCUGGUUCUAUAGAAUCUCAAACAUCAGUGGAGUCCACAACAUCAAUUGCUGCAGCUGAGAUGCAUACAACGGAAGUUUUCUCAACAACCAUUACAUCAGAGCAGGUUUCUACAAGUAGUGAGUCCAGUUCAGAAACAGUUAUCACAAAUAGUGUUACUAUGGCUACUCCAGACAUGCCUGCAAGCUCCACAGAUGCAUUUUCAACUUUAAAGGAGACCACUAGCUCUACCUCAGAUAUAGUACCAGAAGUUCACACAGAUACAUUUCUCUCUACAUCACAUGAUGCCACAUAUGUUUUGCAAUCCUCUGUUAGUUACAGUACAAUCACUACUUCAAUCCCUGAGCCAAAUGUUACCUCUUCUGCUACAAACGUAAUGACAUCCUUAACAGAAACGUUGAAUGAAAACUUUACAACUUCCAUUGCAUCAAAGAAAUCUUCAACCAUUGUAACAUCUGUUUCAGAAGUGAGUGUUGGAAGUUCUCAUACUACAAGUACUCCAUUACAGACAACCGCUUUAAGCACUGGUAGUAAACCAGAGGUUUUCACAAGUGUUGAAGUAACCAGUGCUUCCACAAAUGCUAAACUAACGAGAUUUGAACAGUGA